AUGUUCAAACAAUCUAUACGGAAGCUAGCAACUGAAGCUACCGCACUGCUGCUGCAUGCACCCACAACUUCGACCACCUUGCAUAUCACCCAACCACCUAAAUAUACACUUGCUCAAUUACGUACAUUCCCUAACCUACAACCAACCACAUUCAUCCCUCUCCCCACAUCAUUCUUUAACACCCAUUCACCAACAAGACGAGACUUGCUAUGGAGUGCUGCUGUUUUUGAAGCAGAUCGUGCUCGUGUUGGAUCCAACUAUGUUACAUUGAAAUCAGAUUCCCCAUACUCAAAUCGUAAAUUACGUCCACAGAAAGGAUCAGGUAGAGCUCGUCUAGGUGAUGCCAACUCACCACAUAUGGAUAAUGAGAUUAAAGCACAUGCAAUAAAGGGACCACAUGAUUGGAGUACCGACUUGCCAGCAAAGAUUUACGCCAAAGCGGUUCAAACUGCAUUAACCUCACAAUAUAAACAGGGGAACUUGUUUGUCAUUGAAAACGAAUGUGAUUUCGGCCAAGCUAGUGUUGAAAUAACGCAAAGUUUUGUUUCUAGUCAUAAAUUGAACCAAUUGAAUAUAUUGUUCAUCACUGAAGAAAAUAGAAAUAAGUUAAAUUCCAGUUUGAACCAGUUUUUCUUAAAUGAGAAAGAGUUGAAGAAGUUGAGCAGAAGGGAGAGAGCUAAGGCCGUUGCGAAGGUUAAAGGUAAAGUUAUCAAAAAGGAGGAUGUUGAAGUUAGAGACAUUUUGAAAGCCAAUCGUGUUUUUGUGGAAUUGCCAGCUUUGCAAUGGCUAAUAAGUAAAUAUAGCAUAUGA